UUGCUGAGUCAGAACCCAUCAUGGAGAUCCUGGGGUUGAAGAGGUUCCAGUUCCUCCUAGUAGUAUGCUGGUUUUUUGUGAGCCUGGAAGCCCCUGCAGAGGCCGAGAAUACUUUGUGCUACAAAGACUUUAAUGAAGUCUCAGGGACCUGCAGCAACCUGUUGGGAGCUGAAAUUUCCAAGGAAGACUGCUGCCUAAACCAUCAGUAUGGUUUCCAGUUGAAACAAGGUGGGCCCUGCCAGUCCUGCCGCGAAGCUAAGUGGAGCGAAUGGACCUCAUGGAGUGCAUGCUCCGUCUCGUGCACCGAAGGUGUCCAGCGGCGCAGUCGGUCAUGUUACGGCUACCGCCCAGGCACAUGUCUGAGUGGUUCACGUGAGUGGGAAAUGAAAGCCUGCGUUCUGAAAGACUGUUGCCCUGUGAUGGGUGGCUGGUCGGAAUGGAGCAACUGGAAGCCUUGCUCAGUGACCUGUCUAACUGGGACCCAGUUAAGAGAACGAACUUGCACCAAACCAGCCCCCAACUGUGGAGGCACCUGCCAAGGAGACAGCAGAGAAAAUAGGCCCUGUGAUACCAAGCAGAUUUGUCCAACCCAUGGAAACUGGGGCAGCUGGGGAUCUUGGCAGGGCUGCUCCAAGACUUGUGCUAUAGAAGGCUCAGCUACAAAGCCUCAGCAGCUACGAACCCGUCUGUGUAACAACCCCUCACCUUCCAGCAAUCCUCCAGGCAUGCCGUGUCCAGGAGCUAGCCAGGAAUCGCGAAGCUGCGUAGGACUGCCCUACUGUCCACAGGAUGGCAAUUGGGGCAUCUGGAAACCACUCCAAUCCUGCAGUGUGACCUGUGGGGUUGGCCAAAUAUUGCAGAGGCGUCUGUGUGAUAACCCUGCACCAAAGCACAGAGGGAAGGACUGCUCUGGGGAAAGCAUACGUAAUCAACCCUGCACCAUCAAGGUGCCCUGCCCAGUGGAUGGUCAUUGGAGUGAAUGGUCUCCUUGGAAGCCCUGUGGCCGUAUGGUCUUAAGUUAUAACAUUAAGUGCGACGAUAUCACUGGCAUUCAGUUAAGGAACAGGAGCUGCAUUGGACGGCACCAUGCGGGCAAGCGUUGUGCAGGACCUCUCAGGGAAUCCAGGGCCUGCUACAAUAUCGAAGGCUGCUUUAUGCCAGGAACCUGGACAGAUUGGAGUUCUUGGGGUCUCUGUGAGCCAGCUUGUGGACCUGAACCUAAAAGAUCUCGCAAGAGAGUCUGCGAACCCAUCUACCCUAAUUAUUCAAUGGUAGUGGAAGCAGAGAAUGGAAGGAGAGAUAAUGUAACCUUUUGGGGAAAACCAAAAGCUGGAUGUAAGCCUCUGGACGGACAGUCCAAGGAAGUGGUGGAAAAACUCGCGUGCCAAAAUGUGCCACCUUGUGAAGGCUGAUUUUGCAGAACCAGAUGCUAUAAAUUGCUGUACUGGAAGUUCCUGCAAAUUAGAAUAUAUGAAGAAAUGUAAGAAAUGCUGACUUCUGCUUCCUGUGAUCUUUGCACCCCUCUAUCGUCUGCUUCCUUUUUUUUUUUUUUUUAAA